AUGGGUGUCAGCGUGGAGGAAUUCCAGCGGAUUCUGGUAUCGGAUCGCGCGGCACUGCGGUCGUAUCGGUGUGACGACGUGUGGCACGGCGGCGAGGACGAGAUCGCGUCUCCAUCGAGGACACAUCGAAUCGCCGAGCGAAUCGGGUCCCGCGACAAUCGCCGAGAGGGAAGAGAUGAGCGGGUGAUCGUCGAGGCGAUCAACGAGCUGCCGGAGAACGAGCAGCAGGUUCUCGCCCUCUACUACUAUGAGGAGUUGACCCUCAAGGAGAUCGGGCAGGUGCUCGAGGUGACCGAGUCACGCGUGUCACAGUUGCACACCAAAGCCCGUCUGCGGCUGCGGACGAAGCUCACCAACGUCAAACGCGGCAUCUGA